GGCAGGAACGUGGCCAGUGGCGACCAGGGCUGGUUCCCCAGUGGUGCCGUGAGACCCUUCGUGGCUGUGCCGCUGCCGGAUCUCUCCGUGUACCCCUGGUACGCGGGUCCCAUGGAGCGGGCGGGGGCCGAGCAGGUCCUGGCCCCCCGCUCGGACGGCGCCUUCCUGGUGCGGCAGCGGGUCAAAGAUUCGGGGGAAUUCGCCAUCAGCAUCAAGUACCGCGGGGAGGUGAAGCACAUCAAGGUGAUGACGGGGGAGGGGCUCUAUAGGGUCACCGACAAGAAGGUGUUCAAGGGGCUGGUGGAGCUGGUGGAGUUCUACCGGCGCAGCUCCCUCAGGGAUUGUUUCAAGGCCCUGGACACGACGCUCGUGGUGCCCUUCAAGGAGCCCGAGAGCCGGGCGGGACCCCGAGCCCCGGGGGCCGUGCGCAGUUUCGGCUCGGCCAAGGCGCGCUACGACUUCAGCGCCCGGGACCGGACGGAGCUGUCGCUGCGCGAGGGGGACGUGAUCCGAGUGCUCAGCAAGAAGGGACACCCGGGCUGGUGGAAAGGGGAGAUCUACGGCCGGGUCGGCUGGUUCCCGGCGAACUACGUGGAGGAGGAUUAUUCGGAUUAUUGCUGAGCACGGACGCCCCCAAACCACCCCCUGCCCGUGUCCUCCUCGCCCCCCGGAGCCCCCCCAAAUUCUCUCCGGGUG